GCGGCGGACAGGGCGAGGGGCGGGGGGAGGGAGUACGCCGUCACGGGGAACCCACUCCACAUCUACGCCCUCUUCAAACGCCUGGUGCUCUACUGGCCCGAAAUCAACAGGCAGUUGGUUUAUUUCGAUACUGAAGAGAGCGAGUGCAACGACACCAUGGAGCAGUGCGCGAACUGGGCCGAGAGAGGGAGUGCGAGAUCAACCCCUCGUGGAUGUACCGCAACUGCCGCCACUCCUGCGACGUCUGCCCGAGCCCAGAGUUCCUUGUCGCAGCGAGGAAAGUGUUGGCAGCGGAGAGUGCCACCGUCCUGCCAACGGACAACGAUCUCAGGGGCACAGCCAUCGCGCUCUCCCGUCUUCGCAAGGUGUACAAGCUGCACAUACGAGAUCUGACGGAAGGACGCCUCCUGCACACCGUCAGUUCCGCCAAGUUAUCUGUAUACGACUGCCUGAGGGUUGCCAACGCGUCUUAUACCGCCGGUGACCUAGCUUCUGCCUGGAUAUGGUACCGACACAGCUGGAGGAUGACCUCUGACCUCGACUUAAAGGCUCAUAUUUCUAUGCUCAUGGAACCCGUGGCGGAAAUGCACGACGGAACCUUCCAGAACAACCACCACAACUAUUUUCCUGCGAAGAUCUCGAGGAGUCCGGAUCAGCUGUCUUGGGACUACGAUUAUUCCAAGCUAUGCCGGGGAGAGCGUAUGAUGACGCCUGAGGAAGCCUCGCGACUGCACUGCCACGUGUCCUCGCGAGGGAGUCCGUACCUCACCCUCCAGCCCAUCAAGUACGAGGAGCUGCACUUCGACCCCGAGAUGUACUUGUUCUAUGACGUGGUGUCUGACGAGGAGAUCCGCGCUAUUCAGGACACGGCGAAGUCAAAGCUCUCCCGCUCGCACGUCUUAGCCAAGGAGAGACUGAGCGAGAUCCGAGUCUCGCAGACGGCUUGGCUCGGCAACUUCACCCACCCAGCUCUGCCGGGGAUCAAUCGGCGCAUAUCUUACGUCACGGGACUCCACGUGUUCGAGGGCCCUUACGAGAACAGGGGCGGCGAGCAGCUACAGGUUCUCAGCUACGGUGUUGGGGGCCACUACCAGUACCACAUGGACCACUUCUUCAAGAUCUAUCCUCCUGGUGAAUGGAACAAUACAAAGGCCGAAAAGGGUACUCUCAUAAGUGGGGAUCGUCUAGCUACCUGGAUGUUUUAUCUGUCUGACGUGGAAGCAGGUGGGUGGACAGCGUUCCCGAGGGCAGGGAUCUCCGUGGCGCCCGUCAAAGGAGCGGCUGUCAUGUGGUACAAUCUGAAGCAGAAUGGAGACUGCAAUUGGCGGUCUCAACACGGUGGAUGCCCGGUGAUUUUGGGACAUAAGUGGGUUGCCAACAAGUGGAUUUGUGAGCACAUGAACUUUUUGAGAAGACCUUGCAGUUUGGACCCUGAAAAAUGAGACGAAUCCGCAAUACAAGAAAUAAUGGUUAAUCUAAUUUCAAAAAAUGGAGCCGGGGAUGGAAAAGGUUUUGUUUAUGGUGUGAUUUUGUUUAUUUUAUUUUGUUUAUUUGUGAUUUUGUUUAUUUGUUAUUUUGUUUAUUUGUGAUUUUGUUUAUUUUAUUUUGUU